ACCUCCCACUGAGAGUCCGACUCAAAAGAGUCAAAAGACCCCCGCAAUCGCAUUCGCCCGAAAGUUAAAAUUCAUUAUAGAGUGCGAUAGGUCCAAAGGACCGACCUUCCUUUGCUUUGCUCGUUUUGCAGCGGGGCAUGUCACCCGCUGCUGCUGUUGCUGAGAUCCCCUGCAUGCGCCAAUCCCGUCGCUCCCCCAAUUUUUCCUCGGAUUCGACGUCCCUGCAUGAAACUCAGUCAGCACCAAUCCCAGCUCAGGGGACAGGGUUCCCUGCGACGGCGUCCACUGGGCCAUUUCUAGUCGCCAUUAGUCUCUACCUAAAUCCUUUAGUCGAUGGUGUACCUCCUUGCUGGCCAUUGGCGAUCCAGACUGUCCAUUCGUCCCCCUCGCGCCGUCCCAUUGGCCCCCCAUCGCCCCCACCUGCCAAUGUUCCCUGCCAGCCAAUCUCCGGUUCCGCACCCCACCUCGAGGACCUGUCAUUGGCCUUCCCGAUUCACCGCCAGUUAUCGCGGAGCGCAAUCGGCCAGGCAGAUCGUCGAAAUUUGGUACCCUCCCCCCCCGGUCCAUGGUGUGAACUGUGAAGGUUAGAUACUGGAAAAGAUCGGCCAGAUACUUACUAGCCUGCCGUGAAUGGAGGUACCGAACCUGGUAUUUCCAUUGUGUUUGAACUCUGAAGCGCUGCGGUGGAACUCCUCCGACGAUGCGAUGCCUGCAGAUUACUGAUAGCGCUCAGCCAACAAUCUUCCCGCAUGCAGGACCGACAGUCGCAAAAUUGGGCACACACUCGUGGCUCGUGAUACUCUGGUGGCCUACCAAGUACCAGGCGCUUAUAACCAAACAUACCGACUAGUCUUGACCAGAAGAGACGCCGUAGC